AUCCGGGCUCGUUUUAGCGACGAUUUGUAGUUCAAUCUUCACCUUCCUAGUCAAGUCCAAUAUUAUAGUAAGAUAUUCAAGCUCAUAGUCCACUCCGUAUUGAGAAAGAAAUUCAGAAAAAAUGGUGCCGAAUUAAUAUUUGAUUGUGAAGCUCUCGAUGCAUUGAGGUGUUCUUUUCUUGACUGAAAAUUUUAGUAUUUCUAGUCGAUUUUGGGGAUUAUAAGGUUUAGAGAAAUGUUGGGUCGAUCUUCGAUUUUUCUAUCUCGAAAUGGAACUUUUAGGCCUGAACAACUGGGUCAAAAUGCACUAGCAAUGAUAGGGAAUCUCUGUUUCACAUUCUUUGUUAUUGGGGUUUUGAUCUUCACCAUAAUUGCUGCGACUUACGAGCCUGAAGACCCAUUGUUUCACCCUUCAACAAAAAUUACGACAUUCCUCACUUCCAAUUCUAAUGCCACCUUUAAAUCUGACGACUCUGUAGUCAAGACUGGUGAGGAUUUUGUGGCAUCGAAUCAGACUGCUUUUGCAACCUUUAUUAAUAUCACCGAUGUGGAUAAUGCAAUUGUGGGAGCUGAAACUGAGGAGUCAAGUGUUGCUGCGACCCAAGAUUGUAGUGGGAAAGUUGAUGAACCCAUUAAUUGUCGGGAUCCAGAAGUGUUCCAUUUGUUAAUGAAAGCCGCUAUGGAGAAGUUCAAGGACAUGCACUUUUACCGGUUUGGAAAGCCUGUUACUGGGAAAAAUGAUAGUUCUUGUCAUAUGGCUUGGAGGUUUAGGCCAAAGGAGGGGAAGGCCGCUGCAUUUUAUAAAGAUUAUAGAAGUUUUUCAAUAGUGAGAUCUGAAAAUUGUACACUUAGUGUGGUCGGCAUUGGGGAUUAUCAUUCAGGUGGGAAUGCCAGGAAGAGAAAGGGGAAGGGGAAGGACAAGGACAAGGACAAGGAAGGAUUUGAGAAGGUGCCGGCUAAGAUGGAGAGCAAUCCUAUUGCACUGCCAGAAGUUGGAGAAACUGUGAAUGAUGCACUUCCGGUGGUGGAAUCAGAGGGCAGUUUCAGUCAGGGAAAAUAUUUGAUUUAUUCUGGCGGUGGGGAUAGGUGCAAGAGCAUGCAUCAGUAUUUGUGGAGUUUCAUGUGUAUGUUGGGUGAAGCACAGUAUUUAAACCGAACUUUGGUUAUGGAUCUGAAUAUCUGCUUGUCUAAAAUCUACACUUCAUCUGGUAGUGAUGAGGAAGGUAAAGAUUUCAGGUUUUACUUUGACUUUGAGCACUUGAAGGAUUCAGCUCCAGUUCUGGAUCAAACUCAAUUCUGGUCAGACUGGAGCCAGUGGCAACAGAAAGAUGGAUUGAGUCUCCAUCUUGUAGAGGAUUUUAGGGUAACACCAAUGAGGCUAGCUGGGGUGAAGGAUACUUUGAUUAUGAGGAAAUUUGGCUCUGUGGAGCCUGAUAAUUACUGGUACAGAGUGUGUGAAGGUGAGACUGAAUCUGUUAUUCAACGGCCAUGGCACAUGAUAUGGAAAUCCAGGCGGUUGUUAGAUGUGGCUUCUGCAAUUGCAUCGAGAAUGAAUUGGGAUUUUGAUGCCGUUCAUGUUGAGAGAGGGGACAAGGCAAGGAACAAGGAGCUAUGGCCUAACCUUGACAGAGAUACUUCACCAGAAGCUCUUCUGGAGACUUUGCAAGACAAAAUUGAAGAUGGGAGGAACCUGUAUGUUGCAACAAAUGAGCCAGACACGUCCUUCUUUGACCCUUUGAAGGAUAAAUACUCUACCCAUUUUCUUGAUGAAUAUAAAGAUCUUUGGGAUCAGAACAGCGACUGGUAUGCAGAUAUGACAAAACUCAAUAAUGGAAAUUCAGUUGAAUUUGAUGGUUACAUGAGGAUCUCUGUCGAUACAGAAGUGUUCUUGAGGGGUAAAAAGCAGAUUGAGACUUUUAAUGAUCUCACUAAAGAUUGCAAGGAUGGUGUUAAUACGUGCACGUCUACCAGCUAACCCAUACAUGAGGUUUGAAAAUUCUUUUAUGCUAAACUGGGAAAUGCCGUCCACUUUCAUAUCGUGUCUUUGUUUCUUUUCAAAAUGUUGUGGUUGUCAUCAAUGGCUGAUUUACUUUACGAGUUCUCUCGAAUCUUGUACUUUAAAGGUAAAAUUGCCUAUUUGUUUAAUUAGUUAGUAUCCUCUGAACUGAAUUACUUUUGCUUGUUGGGUUUAAAUUAUUGUUUCUUUGUAUCCACUGUUUACUUCUAAUUCCAAAUAAUCUUUGUUAGAAAGGAA